UUGCAGACACAAUGGUCCUUGUUUUUUUCCUGACAUUUGCAACUACACAACCAAACACAUGCAAUUCAACAAACGGCAAUAGCAGUGAGGACCCGGAGCAGUCAAACGCACCCAUCCUGGCCAUACUGCUGGGUCUGUCCGUCUUGGUGCUUUUUCUAGGGUUGCUGACCUGGUUUUGCCUCAGGUUGAAAAACCAGAGGAAAGCUGUCAUCACAGCCGUCGACAAGAAAGUACCGAAUGGCAUCCUGGAAGAGCAAGAGGAAUAUAUAGAUGUGGAUAAAGAUGAGGAUGAGGAUGAGGAUGAUCUUGGCUGGCCGUCAGAAGGUCAGGUAUAUGUGGUGUCUCAUGAACAGUCAUUACCAGGGGGUUCGACUCAAGGAACAUGUGAAGAGGCCAAUAAAGAUGAAAACAAGGAGAAGAACAGAUAUCCAAACAUCUUACCAUAUGACCAUUCCAGAGUGAUUUUAACACCGAUCGAUGGAGUCCCAUGUUCAGAUUAUAUCAAUGCUUCUUAUAUCGAUGGUUAUACAGAUAAGAAUAAGUUCAUUGCAGCACAAGGUCCGAAACAGGACACGGUUGCAGACUUCUGGAGAAUGAUAUGGGAACAGAAAUCAGCUACUAUUGUAAUGCUAACGAAUCUGAAAGAGAGAAAAGAGGAUAAGUGUCAUCAGUAUUGGCCUGAUCAGGGAUGCUGGACGUACGGUAACGUGCGUGUUGCUGUGGAAGACUUUACAGCACUGGUGGACUACACCAUACGCAAAUUCUGUGUGCAAUAUCAGGCCAGCGACGGCACUAAAACGCCCCGUCUGGUCACGCAGCUUCACUUCACCAGCUGGCCUGACUUCGGCGUUCCCUUCUCGCCCAUCGGCAUGCUCAAGUUCCUGAAGAAGGUGAAGCAGGUGAACCCGUCAUACGCCGGGCCCAUCGUGGUGCACUGCAGUGCCGGUGUGGGCAGGACAGGAACAUUCAUCGUCAUCGAUGCCUUGAUUGACAUGAUGUACGCAGAAAAGAAGGUGGACGUCUUCGGUUUCGUGUCACGAAUACGUGAGCAGAGAUCGCAGCUCAUUCAGACGGAUUUGCAGUACUCCUUCGUCUAUCAGGCUCUGCUGGAGUACUUCCUGUACGGAGACACGGAGCUGGACGUUUCUUCUCUGGAGGGUCACCUGGAUAAACUUCACAACACCAGUGCGCCGCUGGACCGCGUGGGCCUGGAGGAAGAGUUUAAGAAACUGACAAACAUGCGUAUUAUGAAGGAAAACAUGAGGACGGGCAACCUGCCUGCCAACAUGAAGAAGAACAGAGUCCUUCAGAUUAUUCCAUAUGAUUUUAACCGAGUCAUCCUUUCGAUGAAGAGAGGUCAGGAGUUCACCGAUUAUAUCAACGCUUCUUUCAUUGAUGGGUACCGGCAGAAGGACUAUUUCAUCGCCACACAGGGUCCUCUGGCGCACACAGUGGAUGAUUUCUGGAGGAUGGUUUGGGAAUGGAAAUGUCACUCAAUCGUGAUGCUGACAGAACUGCAGGAGAGAGAUCAGGACAAGUGUUUUCAGUACUGGCCUACUGAGGACUCGGUGACUUACGGAGACUUCACAGUGGAGAUUAAAGGAGACACGCUGUGUGACACGUUCAUUCUCAGAGAUCUGCAGCUCACACACGGCCCGGAGAAGCAGACACGUUUGGUUCGGCACUUUCAUUUCCACGGCUGGCCAGAGAUCGGGAUCCCAGCCGAAGGUAAAGGGAUGAUCGACAUCAUCGCAGCGGUGCAGAAACAGCAGCAGCAGUCGGGCAACAACCCCAUCGUCGUGCACUGCAGUGCUGGAGCGGGUCGGACCGGUACGUUUAUCGCUCUCAGUAAUAUUCUGGAGCGAGUGAAAGCCGAGGGUUUGCUGGAUGUGUUUCAGACUGUGAAGAGUUUACGAAUGCAGCGGCCACACAUGGUGCAGACAGUGGAACAGUAUGAUUUCUGCUACAGAGUGGUACAGGACUUUGUGGACAUUUUCUCAGACUAUGCCAAUUUCAAAUGAUCUAAUCUGCCUUAAAUCUUUGAGUUUGAUGCUUUUUUACACGUCAGUCGAUCAGGAUUUUACACCGCGACUGGAAGAUAAUUACGCUCUAUUUUGCUAUGCACUUCUCCUCGGUGUUACUAAAAGACCACAUCUAUCUGUAAUAUACUAAGGCUACUAAAGUUUGAAAAAGUGUAAAUUGUUUUGUCUCGUUUAUAACACAUUUAAAUGGGUUAUUUUAUUUUGGUCUUAAAUCAUCUUUUUUUUCACGACGGAUCAUUCCAGUUGUUAUUGUAAAAUAGUGUUUUGUCUGUUUAUUUGUUCAACUAAUUAUUUUAAUUUUUUAUUAAGCGAAUUUGUAAAGCUGUAGGUGGUUUGUAUUUAUGCAUUAUGUCGCAGACAGGACGUCCUGCCAGAUAAAACAUGUAUGUGAAUGUUCCAUGCCAUUUUAUUUAUUCAGAGUUAUUGUCUUGCAAUUUAUGAAAGAUAUCAUUGUGUCAAAAAUCAUGUCUUUAACAUUGUGCUCAUCAGCCAUUGCAAAUGUGAACUUUUUUUUUUUUUCAAAGCAGCAAA